AUGCCACGACGAUCAGGUAAACAUAUUUCACUCCAGGCCGUAGUAGGGCAUAAUUUUUGGUCGGCAGGAUAAUAAUUAUAUGCAAGAGGUUUGUCCCCUAGUGGCGGUGGUGAUAAUGAUGAUGAUAUUGAUGAUGUCUGGGUUGUUUGCUCUUAGUCAUUCAAAACAUCAGCUUUUGAAUACAUUGAUAGUGUCGAUCUCUCCUACACAACUCAACUAGUUAUUUUAUACAAUGUAAUAACUCUGUAAUGAAGAGAUUAUAACAUAGUGGAGCAGGCCUGAUAGUGGUUUGUCUUAAAAUAGGGUGGAGGGAAGGUAGCAGUUGCUGAAGGUUUUAGUUCAAAAGGAACUUACAGUGGCUUACAGUAAGUGAGGUGAAACAAACCGAUUUAUAUUUUCUUUUUCUUUUUUCAGGGAGUGCAUGCCGUUAUCAGGUCAACUCCUUCCUGCGUAAAAGGUAUGCAACACUGGAGGAAGCAGAAGAUGACCUCCAGGUCAACUAUUUUAGUGGUGGAUUGCAAGACAUUCAUUAUGAAAAUUCAUCAACACUAACAUCUCCUGGGAAUGUAAAUUCGACUCCACAGGCGAUGCUUGAGAAGAACACCCCAUUAUCUCCAAUAUUGGCGCACUCUCCACAUGCCAAUUCAACAAACCAUGAGACAUACAAUCAUGGAGAUACCAUUGCCAAGGUUAUUAAACUGUUGACAUUGAUGACUUCGUAUGAGAGGGGACUUGAUCCAGAACUUAUUUUGGUAGUUCAUGUUUUUAGAACUUGAUCAUGAUUUUCGAGCAUUUAUUCCUUCUGACUUUAUUAAACUAUGCUGCAAGGGCAUUAAUGUACUUCAUAGCAAUGGCAAAGAAAAUGUUCUUUAUUACUUGGCCAGGGGACUUGGAAUGUCACGGAAAGAUGGUUCAGGUCCACGGCUCCCUAUUGACAAGAUGCCGUUUGGAUUAUUAAGCUACAAUAUUCGCUAUUUUGCUAUGGACACUGUGAACAACAUUUCAUCAGACCCCCAUUUUGUGGAGUGGGAGACAACUAUGUUCUCCAACUUUGGUCAUAAAUGGAUUUGCUUACAGAGGGGACCAGGGUUUGCCUAUGAUGAGACUGUUGUUGAUGAUUCCUCAGCUGCAGCUUGUAAUAGCACCAGCAACACAAACAGCAGUGAGCAAGGUUCCUCAAGUAUCCUUCAACAAGCAUGGAAUGAAACAUUUCAAGUGAGUACCCAGAAUGGGGUACAAGAUGAGGUUGAAGACCAAGAUACCACUAGAGAGAAAGUUGGGGCAGAUGACUGCCUUGAUGUAGAAACCCUUGUUGACACAGAUGACCCUCUUGAGGUUGGAGCCAUUGUUCAGACAGGAGAUGGGAUUGAGGUUGAAACUGUUGUCGAGGCAGGAGACCCUCUUGAGGUUGGAACCAUUGUUGAGGUAGGAGAUGGGCUUGGGGUUGAAACAAUUGUUGAGGCAGGAUAUGGGCUUGAGGUUGAAACCCUUGUUGAGGCAGAAGACGAGCUUGAGGUGAACGACCAGGUCAAUGAAGAAGUGAGCUACCUUUGGGCACGACUUGGUUCUGAAGAAAAGAACAAAUUGCAAACGGCGAUAGACCAAUAGAACUGGAAACAUUUCAUGGUAUUCGCCCACAGGCACAUAAAAAAGAAAAGGACAGAAGUGGAUCCGAUGAAAGCUAAAGUCAAUGUUGCAGGUCAUUCUGUAAGGACUCUUCAACGUCGUAUACAGGCUGCUGAGUUUUCAAGAGACACAAAUGUUCAGGUGAGUGCACAUAUGAUUAAAUAGAUAUGAAAUAUAUUUGAAAAACAUAUAUAUAUAUAUAAUUAUACUCCAAGAGCUAGGUUAUUCGAACAUUUACUGCAACUCUGAGUUUCAUGCUUCUUGCGAAGCAAUCUUCAGGCAACAAAAAAUGUAAAUGUUCGAAUAACCUAGCUCUUGGAGUAUAAUUAUUCUUAGCUCUAGCUCUGCUAUUGAGCACUUUAUAGUAGAUGAGGAUUUCUUUCCACUUGUUAUUCUUUUUUUCUUGCUAGGUCGCUGUUCUUAAGAAGAUUAAAGAAAGAAACAAAAACGGACGUUGGUGGAUUAAAGCAGAUGCAUGUGACCUGCGAAAGGGACUGCGUGAGUCAAUGCGUCAUGAGUGGGCAGGAGAUUGUGACCUGGGAGAUGGAAAGCUUCAAACUUUAUAUCAGGAAUACAUGGACAGAAAAACCUUCUAUGGUGGAUUAGGACUUAAGGAUCAAGAGUAA